CACGCGUGCCGUGAAGAUGCUCUGAAGAUGAAAUCCGACAGGGAUUCUGUUCCCUGAUUCAGGCUGCCGUCGUGUGUCCACCGCCUCCGAACUCAUGAUGCCCAGGACUCUGCGGAGACUGGUCCACUUGGUGCUGUUCUGUCCUCUGUCCAAAGGCCUACAGAGUCGUCUCCCAGCCAUUAAGGUGAAGUACCUGCUCCUGGCGUGGCUCGGCAUCCUCAUCGCCAGCUGGGUUAUCUACAUGCAGUAUGCCUCGUACUCCGAGCUCUGCCGCGGACGCGUCUGCCACAUGGUUAUCUGUGACCAUUAUAGAAGGGGUAUCAUAUCAGGCUCAUCCUGCAAGGCAUUGUGUGAUCAGAGAACUUUAACCAUGCAGCGCUGCAUGUCCACCUCCUCCACACACCAGGUGUACAGUGGACUGUGGAAAGAGAGGCCCGUUGUAAUCAAAUGUGGUAUUAAAGAUCUAGCCAAGAUCGACGGAGCUCCGGAUUCUGUGAUGCAGCAGACGAGCUUAUUUGACAAACCCACUCGUGGAACUUCUAUGGAUGAAUUUAAGGAGAUGCUGUACAGCUUCCUGAAGACUAACCUCAGUGAGCAGCCAUCUUUGAGUGCCUUGGUGGACAGGGUCAUUGCCUUAGCUGAUAUUAACCAGGACAGCAAAGUAUCUCUAGCAGAGGCCAAAUCUAUCUGGGCCCUUCUACAGAUCAACGAGUUCCUACUGAUGGUCGCACUGCAGGAGAAGGAGCACACCCCAAAACUGCUCGGCUUCUGUGGAGAUCUGUAUGUGACAGAGCGUGUUGGCCACAGCUCCCUCUACAGGCUAGAGGUGCCUAGUUAUUUGCAGGCUAUGGUCCCGGAAGCCGUGAGCUCCAGUUUGAACCAUUGGCUCGCACCAUCUUGGCCCCGUCGGGCUCGCAUUACCAUUGGGCUUCUGGAGUUUGUCGAGGAGGUCUUCCACGGGUCCUAUGGGAGUUUCCUGAUAUGUGAUGCCAGUCCUCGCCAUGUGGGUUACAACGCAAAGUAUGACUGCAAGAUGGCCAACUUGGGCAAUGUGGCAUCUGAGGCAGUUGUGCGGGGAUUUUUGAAGGGCCGCCGCUGUGAGACUAACACGGACUGUACAUACGGCCGAGACUGCACGGCCACCUGUGAUCGACUCGUGAAACAGUGCAACACAGAGGUCAUACAGCCCAAUCUUGCGAAAGUGUGUGUUUUGCUGCAGGACUUCCUGCUUUUUGGAGCACCUUCAGAUGUCCGUAGGGACUUGGAAAAACAGCUCCGCACCUGUGUGACGCUCAGCGGCCUCGCAAGCCAAAUGGAGGUGCAUCACUCUCUAGUACUGAACAAUCUGAAAACGUUACUGUGGAAGAAAAUUUCUAACACCCAGUAUUCUUGAAAUCAGACUGCAGUUUAGCCGUUACCUCCUGUAAUGUCACGUUUGUUCUGGUGAAGAUUUGCCAAACGAUUUAGAGGGUUUUGAUCUACACAUAUUGUAACUCUACACUGACUGUGAAUGACAACAAACUGUGAAAACAAUGUAAUAUGAAACCUCAUUCGAGCCCUCGUUCAGAUCACUUUCUGAUGUUUUAUUUUGAGAAGCACAUGCUUAUAUUUAGAUAAUAUUCUCAGGGCCUUGCCUGUAAUUUUAUUUGUAAAAAAUCACAUAGUAGGUUUUAAGAUAAACCAAGCAACAUACUGUAUAAUUUUUGGGGUUAAUAUUUUGAA